CGAAUAAUCGCAAAAGUCAGAACCAGUAUUUUUCGUCGAGCUGCGCAAUUCGAUAGUUUUAUUUUUCGCAUCUUCCUUCCUUCUAUUGCGGCAGAUAUCAAAAUAUUCUUACGAGUGUUGCUACAAAAUUUAGGAUUGAUUAUGGAAAGUAUGGAUAUAUCUAUUGAAAACGAUCUCUCGGGAAAUGGAUCGGCCAUGAACGUUGAUGAAGAAAUAAGCGUUGCUCUAUUACCCGAUAAUAAUCACUUCAAUCGGACCGAUGGUGAAGUUUCAAACGAAGGAAAUGUUUCGAGACGAGAAGUGACUAAAGUUCCAAAUCCUAGUUAUCCCAAUAACACUGAAUGUUUUGAUGCAAAGGAAAAUCGGGUUAAUGAUAACUGUAACGAAACAUUAUUGGAAUUUCCUUCUGCUACAAAGGAACAAAACCUGGAGAAGUUCCCGUCAUCAUCGUUUGAGGCAACCCAUAACAAUACUUCCAACGUUCCCGUUUCGGAAGAAGAGCUGUUUACACCCGCUGAUAACUAUAUCUUUUCUUCGGCCGAUUUCGAUUGUUUACUGUCCAGAGGAUCUACACCGGCGACGACUGCAACAGUAACUACAACAACGCCCACUUCAUUGGAAUUUCCAAGAAAUUCCGUGUUGACCAUCUUUGACCCUCUUUUGCGGAGACAAAUCAUCUUACCGGCAGAAAAUAGUUUCACAGCUAGUGUCGAAACAUCGUCUACUUCUGUUGCGUUACCAGAAUUUGCACAACAGCAGCAAGGUCACACACCACUCGCUGAUGUAUUGCCUGCAUCACUGAAUAUAAACGUCGAAAGGAUUAUUGAUGAACAUAAUGAGCAUUGGUUUCAGGAUAUUACACCACAAGUUCCUUCAUCCUUAAUAUUACAAAAAUGUGCGAAUGAUCUGGAGAAAACUGAAUUACAGAUCGACGAAACAAAUUUCGAAAAAUCGUCUACAGUCAAUGAACCGGUGGACAUUCUUGUGAAUGUAGAUUUCAAACAUACGAAUGACACGGUUUCUGUAAGAACUAAUAGUGCACAACAUCCAUCGUUUUCUGAAACUCUAGAACAAAGAGGUAGUGAAAAGCAAGAAAACAUUCUUCAAGUCGAAUCAUUUUCCGAUUCUGACGAACAGACAGUUCUAAGCAACUCACUUGGCCUUGAGCAAAUAAACAGCGACGUAGUGCCCAUUACAAAUAUUCUGAGGCAAGGUGUCGAUCUUAGAGAAGAGCAAGAAGACAAGCUUCGACGGCCAAUAACGUACAACGCACUGAAGGAAAGUUGUCUGGAAAAAAACAAGAUCUCGCAGUCUGGCAGUUCGCAAUCUGAACUGCUUCAACCGCAUCUGCCAAGUGACACGACUAGUGUCGCUCUACCCAAUUCUCUGGAAUCGUGUGAGUCUGGAUUUGAGCGUAACAACGUUUAUGAUCGAGAGACAUUUGUUCGGGAAUCUGAUGAAAAUCAACUAAAAUACUUCGAAACAGUUUCAAGUUUCGUUGACAUUCCAAACGGAAGCAAUGAUUUGAUUUGUACGAGUCAUAUAUUCGCCGAGCCAAUACAAGAAAUAAGAAACAGUAAAACAGAUACUAUGAGCGACGAUCAAAUGGUUCAAAAUGAGAACGACGCUGGUGACAUUGGGAAAAAUGCUAAAACUGACAACCAUGUGGCAGAAAUGGAGAAAAAAAUGCACGACGUUGAACUAAGGGAAGAGAGUAUGCUCAAAAGGAUCACUGAGAAAGAUAAAACGAUUUGCAAAAUGAGCAAUGUAGUCGAAGCAUACGAGCGUACCAUUGCCGAGUUGAUUUCGGAAAAGGAAACUCUAAUUCGAACCCACGAACUGGAAUGUGAAAGUCUAAAACAGGAUAACGAUAUGAAUACACAGCAUAUGGAAUCUCUUGAAAAAACAUUCUCCAAUUUGUAUGCAAAGUAUGAGCGGAUGAAGAAAAACGCUAUUGAGUAUAAGGAACGGGAAGAGAAGCUGUUGAACAAAGUCAUGAAGUUAGAAGAAUGUUUAAGGGCGCAGGAACAACGAUACGAAAAGAUGAAAAGUCAUGCUAUGAGUCAACUAGAGAUUGCCAAUACCAAAAUAGACGAAGCAAAUCGCAAUCAUUCCCAGGAAUCGGCCAAACUAAAGGCCCUGAUAAAAAAAGAGGAACUUUACCGAAUUUCGAUCAAUGAACAAUUAAUUCAAAAGUCGAAGGAGAAUGAAGAAUUAGUUAAAAUAUGCGAUGAGCUCAUCAGCGAUACGAAUUGAGUCUAUUAGAAUAGUCUUUUGCACUUUCUAUAGACAAUUUUCUCGAUCGUUUUAGGUAUUAUAAUUGGAACCCUUCAUUAGUUUCUUAUAGAGAAAUAUUUCUCAUUUUGCGCCUCGUUCUUAAAAAAAAUUGUGCGCUUGAGAUAACGUAUCUUCUGAGUAUUCUCUAUUCAUAAUUCAUGCAUAUUGUCAUCUUUACCCUACAAAUUUACUUAUUCAGAGGUCUUUUCAGGAGAAUCUCGUAGUUCGUGUGAGCCAUAUAUCAUUUCAUACUUUCUCAUUACAACAAGACACGUUAUCCGAAACCGUAAUCUUGCAUUGAUUGGAGCACCUUAAAAAUGUUGAAUCUUUUAGCGAUACCGAUGAUAUCAUGGAAUAAAUUCGUAUGAAGGAAUGCUAUGAUGUAUAGAUUGCUGUAACCAUACAUUCUGCAAAUACAUCGUGCAAUUUAAGUUACUAAGUACCGUACGCUAGGUGACAUUAGAUACAUACUAACCAAAAUAUAACGAUGCAGGAUAUGCCUCUUUGUUUGCGACUCUUGUCAUAUCUUUUCGAUUCUUGUCAAAUUGCUAUGUCGAAAACUGUAAAAAAAAUAUAUUUCACUUUCG